AUGUCUACUGCCGCAGACAACCUCGCCGACACCCUGGCUUCUACCACCCUCAACGACACCAACGGCGCUGCCCAGGCUGAUGCCGCCGCUGCAAGUGCCGACGAGGGUCGUCGGCUGUACAUUGGGAACCUCGCGUAUGCGACCACUGAGGGAGAACUCAAAGAGUUCUUCACCGGCUACACCAUUGAGAGUGUUGCCAUUCCCGUCAAUCCCCGCACCAACCGCCCCGUUGGCUAUGCCUUCGUCGACCUUGCCACUGCCCAGGAGGCCCAGGACGCCAUCCAGAACCUCUCUGGCAAGGAAGUCCUCGAACGCAAGGUGUCUGUCCAAGUCGCUCGCAAGCCCGAGCCCGCCGAGGCCAAGGAAGGUGCAGUGAGUGGAGGUGAAGGUGGCAGCGGAGGCGAAGGCCGCAAGCGGGGAUCUGGCCGUGGACGCGGCCGUGCUCGUGGUCGUGGUGGCCGUUUCGCCCGCGGUGGUCGGGCUCGCAAUGACGCUACUGGCGAAGAGGGUGAGGUUGCCGAUGUGACCACUGCUCCUGGCCAAGCUGAAUCUGUGACUGAAGCCGCCGUCGACGCCGAGGGCAAGAACCGUGCUCCUCGUACCCAGAAGCAGCGCGGUCCUCCUGAGGAUGGCAUUCCUUCAAAGACCAAGGUCAUGGUUGCCAAUCUUCCUUACGAUCUCAGUGAAGAGAAGCUCAAGGAACUUUUCCAGGAAUACGAGCCUGUUUCGGCUAAGAUCGCCCUGCGCCCAAUUCCUCGCUUCAUGAUCAAGAAGCUCCAGGCCCGCAACGAGCCCCGCAAGGGCCGUGGCUUUGGAUUCGUCACUCUGGGCUCCGAGGCUCUUCAGGAGAAGGCUGUCCAGGACAUGAACGGCAAGGAGAUUGAAGGCCGCGAAAUUGCCGUCAAGGUCGCCAUCGACAGCCCUGGCAAGGAGGACAUUAUCCCUGGUGAAGGUGUCGAAGGUGCCGAAGGCGUUGAAGGUGCUGAAGCUGAAGCCGCACCAGCUGAGGAGACCCCCGCCCCUGCUGCUGCCUAG